AUGGCAAAAAUUGGCUCUUGCAUCUGUGAAGCAGCCGGUGUGAAUGGACGUGUCCAAGCCAGUAAUCUUGGGCGUAGUAGUCUAGCUAGAUCUGCCGGCUGGCGAUGUGCCAAACUUGACCCGGAAGGUUUACACAGAAAGGGAAUCGAAAGUGCCCGUGUCGCGAUUGACAAAGCAAGGCCUUCGCGGCCGGAAUUGAAGUUACACAUGGGUAACGUGGGAUUAUACACAAGGUCGGUGGUUCCCUACUGUGCCCGGGCGAGAAUCGUCGACGGCAUGAUAUCUAGUGACGGAGAGUCGGUCCAGAGGGAACUCAGAAGCGACACAGACUCCAGAAGACAGGAGCUCCCAAAGAGAGUUCAGAGCAUCGGCUCCAGGGAACUGGAAAGAGAAGCCAAUGAUAGCAACGUCAUGGCUUGUGUCAUUGCUAUUGAGAGUUUCUUGAGAACGGCAGCCAGGCGAAGAAUAGCUGUUACUUUCCAGCGGGGUCAAGGGAUCUUUGUUCCCAUGACUGUAUCGAGCACGUUUUCAAGAUUUAUUAGGAACAAGCUGUCAGGAUAG